AUGGCUUCUGUGCCAAGUUUGAAAUCGGAGAGAUUACCGCUGCUAGAGGACGGGAUCCCCCCAGCCAAGAAACCCAGAAAGCUGCUGCCCAGUCUGAAGACAAAGAAGCCGCAGGAGCUGGUUCUGGUGAUCGGGUCGGACGGGGAUCAGUGCCGCUGUCGCCCCGCAGGUUCCUGCACUGAAGUCCUGGAAAGGGUUAAUCCAGGCCCUGCUGGAUGCUGCCAAUGACUUUGACCUUCUAGAAGAAGAGGAGAGCAGAAAGUUCCAGAAGUGUCUCCAUGAGGACAAGAACUUGAUUCAUGUGGCCCAUGACCUCAUCCAGAAGUUGUCCCCGCGCACUAGUAAUGUGCGGUCUACCUUCUUCAAGGACUGUCUGUACGAGGUGUUUGAUGACUUGGAGUCCAAGAUGGAGGACUCAGGCAAGCAACUGUUACAGUCCGUACUGCAGCUGAUGGAGCAUGGUGCCCUUGUCCUGACAACCAACUUCGACAACCUUCUGGAGAUCUAUGCCUAUCACCAGGGGAAACAGUUGGAGUCCAUCGAUCUCACUGACGAAAAGAAGGUACUUGAAUGGGCUCAAGAGAAGAAGAAACUUAGCGUCUUGCACAUCCACGGCGUUUAUACAAACCCCAGCGGGAUCGUCCUUCACCCGGCCGGCUACCAGAAUGUCCUGCGCAACACAGAGGUCAUGCGGGAGAUCCAGAAGCUAUACGAGAACAAAUCCUUCCUGUUCCUGGGCUGUGGCCGCACUGUGGACGACACGACUUUUCAGGCGCUUUUCCUGGAAGCAGUGAAGCACAAGUCGGAUCUGGAACACUUCAUGUUGGUUCGGCGGGAAGACGUAGAUGAGUUCAAGAAGCUGAGAGAGAACAUGCUGGACAAGGGCAUCAAAGUGAUCUCCUAUGGCACAGAGUAUACUGACCUGCCUGAGUACUUUGAGAGGCUGGCUAACGAAAUCUCCAACAAAGGCCGGACAGGUACACAGCCAGCUUUUAACUUGAUAUCUCCCCUGGUUCCACAUACACAUUUUGUUACUUAUCAGAUAGAAUGA